CACCAGUCACUAGUAGUUGCCCCGACGGACGUUGACCUUGUCCAAUAUUGGCUUUCGCCAUUUCCAGUAGCCUACAGUUUAUAGAGAACACACGCCGGAGCCAUGGACAUAAACGUUGUAAAUGCUCUACCAUACGAGGAUUUUGUGAAACUAUUCGGUAAUGUGGUUGAGAAAUGCCCUCUCAUUUCGGCUGCAGUAUGGUCACACCGGCCAUUCAAAGAUCUUGCAGACAUCGAGGCUCACAUAACGGAGUUCAUUCACCGUCUACCAGACUCAGGUAAAGAGGGCAUUUUGCGGUGUCAUCCUGAUUUGGCGGGCCGGGAUCUCCAGAGCGGGACUCUAACACGCGAGUCUCAAGAAGAGCAGAGUCAAGCUGGUAUGACCACACUGGAUUCCGCAGAGUUUCUGCAAAUGUACCGACUAAACUCGGAGUACAAGGAGCACUUUGGCUUCCCUUUUGUCAUCUGUGCUCGUCUCAACAACAAAGCUGAUAUUGUGCAUCAACUGUCCGAACGGCUGAAAAAUGACCGUGCAACAGAACGAGAGCGUGCAAUCGAAGAGGUUAAAAAAAUCUGUAGCCUCAGGUUACGCAAUAUUGUUUUGUCAGAAAUUCAAACCAAGCUGUAACUCAAGUCACCAUUACAAAAGUGUUUACAGCAUUUCUUUACUUGAUAGGUAACACAAAAAUAAGUAUAUGCUUAUAAAAGAAUCGAUUCAUAUAUUAUGCAGUAACAAAAAUUUGUUCUAAAAAGUUAUGAAAACAUUAUUUCUGGAUUUCCUGUCAUCGUUAAAAACGUUCUUAAGUUUUUUGCUUGGUUAUUUGACCGUUAGAGAAAAACAUUAAGGAAAUGUUCUAUUAUAUCAUUUUGCAAACGUGAUGGGAAAAUUACUUUUAAACGUUCUCUGAACCUUCUGAAUCUAGAAUGUUUAAUAAAAACGUUCCAAAGAUGUAACAUUUUGAGAACGUUAUUAAAGACUAGAUAACUGUGAAUGAACUUUCUAUUAACGUCACUGAAAGAAUGUUUGUUCGUAUCUUUAAGAGAACCUUGCCGGAACGUUAGCCAAUGUUUUAACAACUUUCCCUUUUAGCUGGGUUUUUGUCGCCACUGACACAGUAAAAAACGUUUACUAUUUUGUGAAGCUCUGUAAAUCUAUAAUAAAGUGGAGUGAUAAAAGUGGCAGUACUUAUGUUUUUGUCAAAGUACCCUUGUAAUGAUCCUAAAAAUGCGCGAACAGAUAUGCUGCUAAGGCAAAUUUCAAUAAAUCCAUUAGAAUUG